AUGCCCAAUACCGUCUUUAUUGCCCCUGUCCUCGCCCUCAUUGGUGUCCUCAUCGUUGUCCUCAUCGUUGUCCUCCCUAUUGCCGUCCUCGGCGUCGUCUCUGACGUGUUUGCUAUGCACUUUUUCGCCACGUCUAAGAUCCCGACUCAGUUCUCUCCAUUGUUGAUCCGAACUAAAGUGCUUCUCGCGGCAACAAAGCUGCCCAGUGAUCUGAUGGUCGAGUCGCCGACCAUGUCGAAUACGGCGACCUCAGCGCCCAUCUCCUUCGACAGCCAAGUCCUCAACUCCACCGCUACCAGUAAAUCAACUCCAUACGCUGGCAGCGUCAAUGCCCAGUCAAAGCAGUCCAAAUACUACAGCAGCUUCAAGGAUAAGGAGACUGAUGGGCUGAUUGCGAACGCCCGUGUACACUUCGAAAAGCUUGCUAGUAAGGGCGACAUAGUUAUUGAGGACGAAGGAGACACUUGCGCUAUGGACCUAGUCCUUCGGCGUGAGGCGAUGGCAUUCACCAAGACUGGACAGCGCUCCCCAACAUCCUGUGACACGGCAAUGCGCGGUGAACUUGCGAUGUUGCUGGUGGCGGGUCACGAAACAACCGCCAUCACACUUGGUUGGGGCCUCAAAACACUGGCUCACAACCAAGUGGAGCAAUCAAAGCUGAGAAGGAGCCUUGAAGAUGCCUUCUCAUCUGUGCCUCCAGGAUCUACGCCAUCUGCCUCUGACAUUCUAUCCACCUCAAUUCCCUAUCUUGAUGGCGCAUUGGAAUAA